UGAUGGCUUUUCAUUAUCUUUUGAAAAAAGAGAAAAGAAACCAACCGCUGAAGUUGAACUCGAAGUAGUGGAAAGAUUAAGCAACAAAAAUUUUUGAAAAUUUUUACAGAUAAAUUCGGAAAAGAAGAAGGAAUCAUCUUCCCACUCUCAGACGGCGUUGCCCCUUCCUUAUCGGUAAUCGCCGGUAGCGUAAAACGGCCUUUCUUUAUAGUGGUACAUUACUUUUUCCCCAAUCACAAAAGUCGCUACCACCAAAUGCGCUUUGAUUAAAGGAAGCCCCAGAACAGCCUCUUCUUCUUCUUCUUCUUCUUCUUCUUCUUCUGAUGAAAGUUGAAGAACCCAUUCUUUGUAGGUUGCUUUCUGUCGUCCUUUCGGUGAGAACAACUUCGUGGGUGAUUCGAUGAAACCCAAUUUCUCUUCUGGGUUUUCUUUCGUAAGCACGUUCUAGAAGAAAAGAAUUUUGUGGGUAUUAUUUUUGGGGUUUCCGAUUGAAGAAAGAGGCAGAAAAUUUGGUGGAUUAUGUAUUAUCGGCUAGCGAGGUCUUCUUGCAAGGAUUCUCUGAAGGUCCUGGAAGAAGAUGUACAACACGCCAAUGCUUUGGCUGCUGCAAUUCCAAGAGCUAAACAUGGUUCUUAUCUCCAAAUGAAGUUGGUUUACAAUCAAUUGGCUCCUUUCUUUCUGUUUUUGAUGCAAUGGCUGGAUUGUUCAUGCACUUGUAUACUUCCCAGAAACCUAAAUUUCUUCCACAUACUUGUUUACAAGGUUUACACUGAUGGAAGACCUAGCAUAUCAGCACAUGGAAGAAAGGCAACUGUCAAGGAUUUUUAUGCUGUCAUAUUACCAUCCCUUCAACGGCUCCAAGCAAACGCAGAGGAGUUCGACAAUGCUAAAGAGAAGCGUGUCAAGUCCGGUAAUUCUAGCGAGAAAAGAGUCCAAGGAGAUGGAAAACUCUCCAAGGGUGAUUUAGAAAGAGAAGAUGAGUGUGGGAUUUGCUUAGAACCUUCAACAAAAAUGGUGUUGCCAAACUGCUGCCAUUCAAUGUGCAUCAAAUGUUACCACAAUUGGAACACGAGAUCGGAAUCGUGCCCGUUUUGCCGGGGAAGCUUGAAGAGGAUCAAAUCAGAAGACUUAUGGGUGCUAACUUGCAAUGAAGAUGUGGUUGAUGCUGAAAAGGUUUCAAAGGAAGAUCUAUCACGGUUCUAUCUAUAUAUAAGCAGCCUACCAAAGGAAUAUCCAGACGCCCUUUUCUUAGUUUAUUAUGAAUACUUGAUUUGAAUCAAAGUAAGCCAAUUUCUGUACAGAUGACUUGAAAGCCGACCGUUAAAUGUAAACAGUGUUCGGUGAGAAAAACUUACUCGUUUUAUGAAAAUGAAACGGUUCAUCCUUUUCACAUCCCAA